UUUGGGACAUGACCAGAUACAGUUGGUGAUUCCACCUUUUCCUUAUAAAUUAAUUCUUGUCAGCUCCUUGGGAUUUGAAAAGAAAAUGCCUGGUGUAAUACCAAAUGAAAGUAAUGGGCUUUCAAGAGGUAGUCCAUCAAAGAAAAACAGACUUUCCUUGAAGUUUUUUCAGAAAAAGGAAACUAAGAGAGCUUUGGAUUUCACAGAUUCUCAAGAAAAUGAAGAAAAAGCUGCUGAAUAUAGAGGAUCUGAAAUAGAUCAAGUUGUACCUGCAGCACAGUCCUCCCCCAUAAACUGCGAGAAGAGAGAGAACUUGCUACCAUUUGUGGGAUUGAAUAAUCUCGGCAAUACUUGUUAUCUUAAUAGUAUACUUCAGGUAUUAUAUUUCUGUCCUGGUUUUAAAUCUGGAGUGAAGAACUUAUUUAAUAUUAUUGCAAAGAAAAAAGAAGCCCUAAAGGAUGAAGCCAACCAAAAAUUAGAUAAGGGAAAUUGCAGAGAAGAUUCGUUGGCAAGUUGUGAACUGAUAUGCAGUUUACAGUCCUUAAUCAUUUCAGUUGAACAGCUUCAGGCUAGUUUUCUCUUAAAUCCAGAGAAAUAUACUGAUGAACUUGCUACUCAGCCAAGACGACUGCUUAACACACUCAGUCUGGGAAAAAUAACAACCAGCCAAGGAUCCAAAGGACAAUCUAAAGAAAAUGAAUAUGAUCUUGAAGAGGACUUGGGGAAGUGUGAAAAUGGUAACACUUUAAAGGUUAAUGGUUGUGGACUUGAAUCUUCAGGGAAUAAUGUUAAACCCAUUAAUGUUAAUGAAGUUAAGCCCAUAAACAGAGGUGUGGAGCAAGUUGGUUUUGAGCUAGUAGAGAAAUUAUUUCAAGGUCAGCUGGUAUUAAGAACUCGUUGCUUGGAAUGUGAAAGUUUAACAGAAAGAAGAGAAGAUUUUCAGGACAUCAGUGUACCAGUACAAGAAGAUGAGCUUUCCAAAGUAGAGGAGAGUUCUGAAAUUUCUCCAGAGCCAAAAACAGAAAUGAAGACACUGAGGUGGGCAAUUUCACAAUUUGCUUCAGUGGAGAGGAUCGUUGGAAAGGAUAAAUAUUUCUGUGAAAAUUGCCAUCAUUAUACCGAAGCCGAGUGAAGUCUGUUGUUUGACAAAAUGCCUGAAGUUAUAACCAUUCAUUUGAAGUGCUUUGCUGCUAGUGGCUUGGAGUUUGAUUGUUUUGGUGGUGGACUUUCCAAGAUCAACACUCCUUUAUUGACAUCCCUUAAAUUGUCUCUAGAAGAAUGGAGCACAAAGCCAACCAAUGACAGCUAUGGAUUAUUUGCAGUUGUGAUGCAUAGUGGUAUUACAAUUAGUAGUGGCCAUUACACCACUUCUGUUAAAGUCACUGAUCUUAACAGUUUAGAACUAGAUAAGGGAAAUUUUUUGGUUGACCAAAUGUGUGAAAUAGGUAAGCCUGAACCAUUAAAUGAGGAGGAAGCACGGGGAGUGGUUGAAAAUUAUGAUGAUGAAGUGUCGAUUAGAGUCAGUGGAAAUACACAGCCAAGUAAAGUUUUGAACAAAAAAAAUGUAGAAGCUAUUGGACUUCUUGGAGGACAAAAGAGCAAAGCAGAUUAUGAGCUAUACAACAAAACAUCUAAUCCUGAUAAGGUUGCCAGUACAGCAUUUGCUGAAAAUAGAAAUUCUGAGACUAACAGUACUAAUGGGACCCAUGAAUCUGAUAGAAACAAGGAAUCCAUUAACCAAGCAGGCAUUAACAUAAGUGGAUUUGAGAACAAAAUUUCAUAUGUAGUGCAAAGCUUAAAGGAGUAUGAAGGGAAAUGGUUGCUUUUUGAUGAUUCUGAAGUGAAAGUUACUGAGGAGAAGGACUUUUUGAAUUCUCUUUCCCCUUCUACAUCUCCUACAUCUACUCCUUACUUGCUGUUUUAUAAGAAAUUGUAGAAUGAGUGUAUUUUC